CCAUAUCAUGCACCACACACUGAGGAGGUGUUGUUUAUUGAUGCCGGUGUCUCUCUGGGAGACACUCUCCAAACAUUCGGACCAUGUUUUCCCUCCCUCUCGGGUGUCCCUUUCUCGUGUGCCUAUCUCUCCUUUGACCCUCCCUUCCUCACAUGACCCUGCCCCUCCUGUGCACUGUCCCUGCUAUCUUCCCCUCUCUCCUGUGUCCCCCUCUUCCAUGUGUCCCUCUCUCCUGUGUGUGUGUUGAACCCACUGCACGUCAUCGCUGCCUUGGAUACUGUAAGUCUUCCUCGUCUGAUCUGCUGUCAAACACAUCAGAGUCUACACAUCACACACUGACGUUGUCAGUUUGAAAGUGUCCGAGGGUGAAGAAUGCUAUUCCCACACUAGAAAUCUCUGUCAAACGUUUACCGGGGGAACUGAAACAGCAGCUGCAAUAAGUGAGGUUUUAUUCAGAUGGGACAAUGACAAGUUUAAAUCUCCACCUGAUCUGCUGCUCAAAGUCACCUCCGUUUCACCGGUCAGUUUCCCAAGCUUCAGGAAACUCAUGUUACUCCAGAAAUAUUUGGAUUGGCUGUGGGAGACGUCAAUCAGAGAGCUCACCCACUCUGCCCAUUCUCUCCUCUUCCUCUUCCACAGCUGCUUCACUUCCUGUUGGGACUGAAAACCAAAAGGAUUGCACCGUACUACACCAGAGAAUACAGAGAGAAUAGACACCGCAGAUAGAUCCUGACCAUCACCCAAGGAACAACUGCACAACUGUGGGAAGACAUCCAGUCCCUUCACAGCAUUGCUCAACACAGAGAAGGUUGGGCAGUGAAACCAUCAUCUGGAAAUCGGUUGGGUCAGGGGAGCUUUGACAUAUCAUCAGAUUUGAAACUGGUCACUGGUGUGGAGCCUUCAUUCAGAACCAGCCUUUCCGAAGGUUCGGCAGUAGGCGAUCUGUCAGGGUGAGGCUGGGAAGAAAUGUGAGUGGGCUCCAAGUGUGGUGAGAGCUUCAAUCAUUCAUCCAGCACCAUGAAUCACUGACUCAUUCUUACAGGUGAGAGGCUGUUCAAGUGUGAGGUGGGCCCCACAGGCUUGUAAGAUCUCCCAACACCUAAGUGUCAUCUGUUGACCCACCUGUAACACAAGGACAGCUACAUGGAAGAGAAACUAUUCAAGUGUGAGGUGUGCAACCAAGCCUUCACACGAUCAUCGACGCUCAUGAAUCACCAACGCAUUCACAGUGGGGAGAAGCCGUUCAAGUGUGAGGCAUGUGACAAAUCAUUCUCACAGUCGUCAAACCUCCACGCACACAAACGCAUUCACACAGGGCGGAAGCCGUUCAAGUGUGAUGUGUGUAACAAGGGCUUUGUACAGUCCUCGGCACUGGUGGUUCACGGGCGCAUCCACACAAGGGAACAACCAUUCACAUGUGAAGUGUGUGACAAAUCGUUUUCACAGUCAUCGAAUCUCCGUAUACACCAACGCAUUCACACCGGGGAGAAGCCAUUUACGUGUGAUGUGUGCGAGAAAUCAUUCUCUAUGUCAUCUUACCUCCGUAUACACCAACGCAGUCACACUGGUGAGAAACCAUUUGCCUGUGAUGCGUGUGACAAAGCCUUUUCCAAGUCAUGUGAGUUGCGCGUACACCAACGCAUUCACUCAGGAGAGAAACCAUUCAUUUGUGUGGUGUGUGACAAACCAUUCUCGUCGUCAUCAACCCUCCGUGUCCACCAACGCAUUCACACAGGGGAGAAACCUUUCACGUGCGAGACGUGUGACAAAUCAUUCUCUCAGUUAUCAAGACUUCUGCGCCAUCAGACAGUCCACACAGGGGAAAAACCAUUCAAGUGUGAGGUUUGCAAUAAAGCUUUUGCAAUAUCUACAAGGCUCCUGAUACACCAGAGGAUUCACACAGGGGAGAAACCCUUUAGAUGUGAGAUUUGUGAGAAGGCUUUUACCCACUCCUCCAAACUCCUGAUGCAUCGGCGUAUUCACACUGGGGAGAAAGCAUUCACAUGCGAGGUGUGUGACAAAUCAUUCUCGCAGUCAUCGAACCUUAGUGCACACCAACGUGUUCACACAGGAGAGAAACCAUUCAUGUGUGAGGUGUGCGACAAAUCAUUCUCACAGUCAUCGAACCUCCGCGCCCACCAACGUAGUCACACAGGAGAGAAACCAUUUCCAUGCGAGGUAUGUAACAAAUCCUUCUCGGUAUCAUCGAGCCUCCGUGUACACCAACGCAUUCACACAGGGGCUAAGCCAUUCAGAUGCGGGGUAUGUAACAAAUCCUUCUCACAGUCAACAAAACUCCUGCUCCAUCAGAAGAUCCACACAGGGGAGUGACCCUUCAAGGGUGAAGUUCGGAAUAAAACUUUUGAGACAUUUUUCAUCUUCUUGGUACACCAGAGGAUUCAGUGGGGAAAAACCAUUCAGGUGUGAGGUGUGUAACAAGGCUUUCAUACAGUCAGCAUAUUUCCUGCUCCAUCAGAGGAUCCACACAGGGGAGAAGCCCUAUCAGUGUGAAUUCUGUAAUAAAACCUUCACACGGUUGUUGUACCUCCUGGAACAUCAGUGAACCCACAUGGGAGACAAACCCUUCCAGUGUGACAUGAGUCAGGAUUAUUUCACCAAUUACCCACUCUGAUUUGCAAAUCACUCUCAAUCUCUUGAAUUCUGCAUGUGUUUGUAUAACGGAAACAUGCUCCAUCCUGUUGCACUAAAGUUUGGUGUCACAUCAGAAUUAGGAGGCAGACUAAAGCACAUUUUAAAGAAACUUCUGCCUGUCAUAUUCUGAGGGAGUUUCCCAAGAUGUGAUUGUGUGUGUGUGUGUGUGUGUGUUAGUAAAGUGAGCCAGCUCUCAGGAGUGGGUAUGGGGUAGAAUCAGACCUUGCUUUAGUUGGUGAUGUGAAUUAUAGACAGAUCCUCUUCAGGUGAUGAUUGUUUGACUGAUACCAUGGGGAAUGUUUGUACUUUCCUGUCUGGGAGGACUACUAUCAUGAGUAUGGUGAGGGAGUUGGGGUGAGUCUCUACAGACCUGAGUUUCCUCAGCCCAUCGUGCCUUGAGGUAAUAACGGUGUGAUAUGUUCAUAUUACACUCUUCCAAGCUUCAUUUCAUGUUCUGGGAAAGAUCUUGAGUCAUUUUCAAAUGCUUUGUUAUUUUGGUUGAUUCAAAUUUUGAUGUAAGCUGAAUAUUGUGUUGUUGUUUGUCUACAGUUUAAUCAAUCUUCUGUACAGAUUUAUAACUCACAAUAAAUUUUAUUUUUAGCUUCACUCAAA